AUACACUACAUUCGUGAAAAAUGGCAGCUGACGAAUAGAAAAAAAGUGGAUCUUCACUCGAAAAACGACGCCACUAGAUUAAACAGACUGAAACUGGGUAAACAUCCUGCACCCGGUCACUAAAAGCUUCACCAUGGGAAAAACUCUUCUAAAAGAUGCUUUCAGUUGGGAUGAAUACCUUAAAGAAACAUCAUCGACACCAGCUCCCGCAAGUUGUUUUCGACAGGCAAGAGUGCCGCCCUCUAACGACUUUAAGGUGGGAAUGAAGCUUGAAGCUCACGACCCUCGCAACUCCACAUCCGUUUGCAUCGCCACAGUGAUGGGUUUAACUGGGGUUCGUCUGCGCCUCCGUCUGGAUGGAAGUGACAACAGCAAUGACUUCUGGCGACUGGUCGACUCCAUGGACAUCCAACCCAUCGGCACAUGUGAGAAGAAUGGAGAUAUGCUGCAGCCGCCGCUGGGGUUUCGAAUGAAUGCUUCCUCCUGGCCCAUGUUUCUGCUACGAACCUUAAACGGAGCAGAGAUGGCACCAGUAUCAGCCUUUAAAAAGGAACCUCCAAGACCCCCCCUGAAUAGUUUCAGCCCAGGCAUGAAGCUGGAAGCGGUGGAUAAGAAGAAUCCCUACUUGAUCUGCCCUGCCACUAUCGGAGAAGUGAGGGGUGACGAGGUGUUCAUCAUGUUCGAUGGGUGGCGGGGGGCUUUUGAUUACUGGUGCAAGUAUGACUCCAGGGACAUCUUCCCAGUGGGCUGGUGUUCUCUCACUAARCACAGCCUCCAGCCUCCAGGCAACAGUGUAACUCUUCCAAAGAACCUGCAGAUUCUGCCGGCRUCGCCCUCCAAACCCAGCAGACGGUCCAUCCAGCCUCCCUACAGACUCCUCAGCCCUCUGCCCACUCUGCCUGUCAGGAAGGGGGUAAGAGGCCGCCGGCCUAAGAGUGAGACCCUCGCUCUCCUCAAAGCAGUAGCAGAGGCAGCAGCUGCCCACAACGGGACAGAACCCAGCAACACGCAGCUCAUUCCCCGGGUCCACAAGAAGAGGGGGCCCAAACCUGGAAGCAAGAGAAAGCCCAAACUUCUUCAAAGCCCCACACAGCUGCCAAGCAUCCAGGUUCCACAAGAAAGCCCCCCCAGCCACAGCUCAGUGGUUUCAACAGUGUGUGUGUAUGUGAACAAGCAUGGAAACUGUGGUCCCCACUUGGACAGGAAGCAGAUGCAACAUUUGCCUGACCACUUUGGCCCCGGGCCAGUGAACACUGUGCUCCAGCAAGUGGUUCAGUCUUGUAUAAACUGUGCAUAUCAGCCCAAAGUGCUGCUCAAUGCUCUGCAGAGCGAUUCAGGAGGAGGAGAAACUGUCAGAGUGAGAACGAGCGGUGGUGUCCGUGUGAUCAGACUACCGUCAGCCUCCAGUCCUUCCUUUGUGUUGCGUUUCUUGGAGACGAUGUGUCGUCACCUUCAGUGUGACAACCUGUUCAGCAGCCAGCCGUUCUGCCACUACACCGCAUAUGACAGGAACAAGUCAGUGAAAGAGGAAGCACUUGAUGCUCCCUCUCUGGCCCGAGGCAGUAAACACGGCCUCUCAGGAGUCUCUCCACCACACGCAGCUCCUCUGUCUCCUAAACAUUUAUGUGUGGAGGCUCACCCAUCAGAAGCAGAGACUCUGCCACAUGAAGAGAACGGCCUGAUGAAGGAGCAGCGCUACAUGGACUCUGCUUCCAACUCCAUGACCCCUCGCCCACAGACUGUUSGGAGCAUCUCAGAGUUCCACUCCCAGGCCAGAGGCCUCUACCAGCUCGGGAGCRGCACGCCGAUGCGCCGCCACUCCUCCAACCCUGCAGAGCUGAGCUCCAUGCAGUCUCACAGGCGGGUCGAAGCAGCCAGCUCCACUACAGGUCCUGAGUCUGCAGCCUCGGAUCGAGAGAGUUCACACCUGCCCAGCAAAAACCCUUCCUCCUGGUCCAUUGAAGAGGUCAUGCAGUUUGUCAGGGAUGCAGACCCCACAGCGUUAGCACCUCAYGCAGAACUUUUCAGAAAACAUGAGAUCGAUGGAAAAGCUUUGAUGCUUCUCCGGAGCGACAUGAUCAUGAAGUACAUGGGUCUGAAACUGGGGCCUGCUCUGAAGUUGUGCCACCACAUAGAGCGGCUGAAACAGGGCAAACCGUAACGGGUCAGGGGCAGCCCGGACCCUGCAAGCAGCAGGUUUCAAAACAAUCCUGACUCAGGGGCCACGCAGGGGCCACACGUUACCCUGAACUCCUCCUGAAGGGACAGAUAAAAUGUUACGACUUCAUCCCAACUCUCAGAAAGUGUGCCGUGCAUCGCUGACACAUUACCUCACCCCCCCUCCCCCUCCCAUUAGUGAACUAAAAGCUGUUCAAGUGUAAUCAGACAGCAGACUUUAAACCCCCCCAAAGCAGAUUAAUCCCUGCAGUGUUUACAUUGCAUAACACGUGCACACAAAGACGCUUUUCUUUGUUUUUCUAUGAAGAUGAAAUGUUUAGAUCCUGGUUUUGGAUCCCCCAAAGAUGGAGAAUGUUUCUUAUAUAAUGUUUUUAAUAUUAUUGCAUUUUUACUUAAUAAAGAAGGGUAAGUAUAGUGAGAAGAAAAAAACCCCCACAUCAAACGUUCUUCCUCUCUGUUUGUCUGCCUGAAGGAUGCUAACGUGAGUGUUGUUCCACAAACCUGUUAGCUUUGCUGUGUCAUUCCCAGGAGUCAUGUAUCCUGCUUUGUUUUUUUUUACUGAACGUUACGUUUUCCACGAGUGUCCUGCAGAAUCACUACUUGCUGUGAGUCUUUAUAAAUUAUUGUGUCUUAGCAGGUCCAAAGUUGCCUCCUACUGUUUUUGUUUUUUUUUUCUCCAUGCAGUUUGAACUGUCUUGACUCACAGAAAGUAUCGGUUUUAUCAAUUUCAUUGAAUAGAAUAUUUUAGGACUGCAGAGAAGACAUUUCUAAGGGCUUCUUUUCACGAGUUUUGAUCUUUUUUUUAUGCAAGUUGUUUUGCCUGAGGCCUCAGUGUUGUCACUAUUGACCAUUAUGAAUACUGUUAGCAACAAAUACAGAUGUGUACAGUUUUAUGGGUUUAACCAUAAAUAUCAGCAGCAGAAUGUACAUUUUGUAGAAACUUGAUAUUUUAAGGAAAUCAUAUACAUAAGAUAGAAAUGUGAAGCUAAAAGGGUGAAUAUUUAAUGGUGGUUUCCUGUCUAUUAAAUACCCGAUGUAGUGAUUUUAGUUGUCUUACUUUCAGUAGUAGACCCUGCCUUGCUUUACCUUUGGACAUUUCUCAGGUCUUUGUGGUCUUUGUYAGAUGUUUUUGUAGCAUAAUGUUUCUAAUUACUUAGAGAACCUCUCCGGUCCCCUCACUCUCACUCCCUACACUUUUUAAAAACUUGUGCCAUAUUACCAGUAUAUUCAACACAGAAUGGAAGUGCUGUUUAUUUCUCUCUUGCAUCUUCUUUUAAAACUACUUGAAAAUUAUGUUUUGCAAAAAUAAUGCUUGUCCAUUAUGUCACACCAGAUAAAGGCUGUUUAUGAUGAUG